AUGAGCGAAACCGGAAUUUUAGAUCGCCUGGCCGCUCUUGACACCAACAGCGUAUCCGAUGCCCUGGACCUUCUGCAACUCGAAGGGGCCACGUAUGGCAUACGUCCACUUUGGGAUUGUCCAAAGAUCGUCGGCCGCGCCAGUACAGUUAAAGUCGGCCCCAAGACGGAAGUGGCGACAGCAGCACACCCAUUUGCUGGAGUCAUCGAUUCCAUUGUAACAGAUGACCGUAUACUUGUUAUCUCCAACAACGGCUUGGAAGGUGUCUCUUGCUGGGGCGAUAUUAUUGCUAAUGCUUCAAAGCAAAGAGGGAUCCGGGGGACUGUUAUUGAUGGCGUGGCUCGCGAUAUUAAUGGCAGUCGUGAGGUGGGCUACCCCGUCUAUGGACACGAUCUUACCAUGAUCAGUGGGCGUAGCCGGAUGGUACAGGUUGGCGCUGGGGUACCGGUGCAGAUGCGGGGUGUUACUGUCCGCGAGGGCGAUUAUGUGAUUGCCGAUGAAUGCGGGACAGUUUUUAUUCCGGCCGAGCGUAUCGAGGAUGUCCUGGACAUGAGUGAAAAAAUUGAUCUUCGGGAGAGUUUGAUGAUACAGGACAUACGUGAUGGCAGGUCAGUGUCUGAUGUUAUCAGUGACGCCAAAUUUCGAGCUAUAAAUGUCGGAACAACGACAAUUGCUGCUGUUGGGCAUUAA